AUGGUUGGGAGUAUGGUUAUUUAUACCCCGACUAAUGGUUUGGUGACUACGUCGUGGGUGUGUUUGAAGUGUCCGUUAACUAUAUACGGUAAGAGUUUUUGGGUGGACCUAGUCUGUCUACCAUUGAGUAAACUCGAUGUUAUCCUUAGAAUGAACUGGUUGGAGUUCAACCAUGUUGAUAUCAACUGUUUUGACAAGUCAGUGUCAUUUUCAGAGUUUCAUGCAAGUGACGAGUUGUUUGUGUCUACUAAGCAAGUGGAUGAAUCCCUGAGAGAUGUUACCAAAGUGUUUAUGAUACUAGCUUAUAUGAAGGCUGAAAGCAAAGCUCCGAUUGGUGAGUUACCAAUGGCGUGUGAUUUUCCAGAAGUGUUUCCAGAUGAUAUCAGUGAUUUUCCACCGGAGUGUGAGGUUGAGUUUUCCAUAGACUUAGUACCUGGUACUAGUCCUAUGUCGACGACUCCGUAUAGGAUGUGUGGUGCAUAA